UGCACCGCCCGCCUGAUUCAUUCAAGAUGGCAGCCCAGCGCGAUCUGAGGAGGUCGCGGUUGCUUCUGUGGAGGUUGUGGCAGGCUCGAGGGGUUCCACAAAACCCGGGACUCGGCCUGAGCCUAAAAACUAGAACUUAUUCCCAGAGCGACGGCCCGUACUCGCGUACGGCGCUCUAUGAGCUGCUCGGCGUCCCUUCCACGGCCACGCAGGCGCAGAUCAAGGCGGCCUACUACCGGCAGAGCUUCCUCUACCACCCGGACCGCAACUCCGGGAGUGCUGAGGCCGCCGAGCGCUUCACGCGCAUCUCUCAGGCGUACGUGGUGCUGAGCAGUGCUACCCUGCGUCGCAAAUAUGACCGAGGUCUGCUCAGCGACGAGGACUUGCGCGGCCCCGGCGUCCGGCCCUCCAAGAAGCCCACCGCUGACCCCGACUCGCCCCGCACCCCACCGCCUGCUUCUCGGGCCCACGGCCGUGGUCAGGCCUCAGCGGGCGCCAGCAACACCAUGUUCAACUUUGACGCCUUCUACCGGGCGCACUACGGCGAGCAGCUGGAGCGCGAGCGGCGCCUUAGGGCCCGGAGGGAGGCCCUUCGCAAGCAGCAGGAGGACCGCGCCAAUAAGGGCUUACGCUGGGAUGAGAUCCGAGACUCGGCUUUUUUCUUGUUUCUGCUCACAGUCUUCAUCAUCAUGAGUUUUCGUUUUUAAUUGGAGAGUGGAGGGAAGGGGAGCAGCCCCCAGCCAGCACCCCCAACCCCCCAAGAAAAUGGCUGUGCGUGUCAUCUUGAACUCAUUGCCCUCCAUUGUCUACCUCUCCUGGGGUCGAAGAAUUGCUCUCCCCCCUCUUCGUCCCCACCCGUCCAGUUUAACCACUGAUCUUCACAUCCCUAUCCCUCUGGUCCAGAUAAGGAGGCUUGUUGCUGCCCAAGAAAGAGGCCUCCAAUGAAGAGUCCCGAAAGUCCGAGAGCGAGAGGUUUCCUGGAGGCCCUGGGCUGCCUGCUUCCAGAUGUUGUCAACUUCUGGAAUACUUGCUCUAGCUUUCUUGUAAAGCUCUGAGCAAGACUCGCCUGCUCCUACCCCACGUUUGUAGCGUGGGGCGUCUCUGUAACCUUGAAACGUGCAAUGUGACCAAUCAUGGCUGCCAAAAGAAAAAUUCUGGGGUUGUACGAAACUUGUCUUUCUGUGAGUUCCCCAAGCCGCAGGUGAGACCUGAUGUAGGGUAAGGGUGUGAUCUAAGAUCGUGGGAAUCCAUUGCCAUUGUUGUGUGGUUAGCCCCAGACCCUACUCCCCCUUCUGUUGGUGGCGUGUGGGAGUGGGAAGACAGGAUCAACAAGGAUAAGGAAUGAGCCUUCCUGUGCCCAUGCUUAUCUGAUGUAUGACCUUGGCUAGGUACUCCGGGCAUAAUGGCAGAGGAUCAAAUCACUUGCUUGGUUGGGGUCUGUCACGUGUGAUUAUCCCAUGUCCUAAGGGGCUCAGUGAUUAAAAUAGGAUGCUAGUAGAUUCCGGAUUAUCCUUGGGACAGUGUGCCUGGCAUUGGUCUUCCCUUGACCGGCCAGCCCCACUGUUAACUGUGCAGCUCAUCCCUUCCCAGAAAUAGAGCAACAAACAAAUGGGAGUUUGAGUCGCCUGGACGUGGCCCAGCCUCAUGUUUCACUUGUGGUGCUUAUCGCAGACUCUGCAAACCAAGUCCUUGAAAGAUGGCUACUUGAAGCGGUGGGAAUUGGGGGAGUGGAAAGAAGGGAGAACUCUUGAGCUACAGGAGGUACAUGGUAGAGACUCGCUUCCCCGUUCAGAGCUGGUUGAGGCUUUUGUUUCCCCUCUAUUGCUAAUUGGUGCUAAGCACUGGGUCAUCACUUGGCUAGAGCUUGGUGAUCCAGCUCUCUGAAGCACGCACGUGGGGUGUGGAUUAACUGUGAGAUGGUAGGGACUCGAGUAUGUGUGCAUGGUGGAGUGGAAAGCUGUGGGAUGGGAAACUUUUGCAGGAGAUCUACCGCAAGGCUGAGGCCUAUGUCUGGGUUCUAAACAAAGCUGGAGGUGCUUUGCUAUGUUAACACCAAUCCCUGCACUCAGUCUUUUGUGUGAAAUCCUUGUAUAAAUUGGGAUAAACUCAUAGCUAGUUCGACUUGGUCUUUUGGAAGGCAUUCAGUUUUCUCGAGCCUUGGAGGUUGGGGGCAAGCUCUUGGUCAUGGCUUUGCAAUGACCUUAUGAUUCAGUAAAGAUUUAAGCUGACUGUGGUUCAGACAUGCUGGGCUCAGUUGAGCCUUGGUUUGGGGGGAAGGGCACGUGUACUUUAAAAAAGGAACAUUUAAUGUUAUUAUGUUUCAUAUUUGGAAAACAAGAGGGAACAUCUGGGGAGUACCUGUCCUGGCCCAGCAGGUUAAGAAUCUGACUAGUAUCCAUGAGGAUGCAGGAUUGAUCCCUGCCUUGCUCAUUGGGCUAAGCAUCCAGCGUUGCUGUGGCAAAGGUCACAGAUGCAGCUCAGAUCCCUUGUUGCUGAGGCUGUGGCAUAGGCGGCAGCUGCCACUCCGAUUCAUUCAACCCCUCACCUGGGAACCUCUAUAUACUACAUUUGUGGCCCUAAAAAGAAAAAAAAAAAAAAGGGGGGGGGAGUCUUAUUUUUCAAAACACAAACUACAGAAAGUGAGGCUAGUGAUUCUCAAGGAGUCGGGGCGUAACAGAGUGUCCUUGGGACAAGAUUCCAUCAAAGUUUCUAUCAAAUGGGGUUAGGGUUCUUUUUGGGUUUUGUUUGUAAGAGCAUUAAUGGUCUGUGAUAACUGAGGCCUUUCUAAUGGGCUCUUUGACAUGGACCUCUCAAGUUUGUUUCCUGUCAGUGACGAUUACAGCCAAGAACAUCUCCUGGGGCCCCAGAACAUGGAGGUAGAAAAUUCUAAAAAGCUUAGGUCUGUGGGAUCCAUACUCGGUAAAACCUCUGGAACAUUCCAUGAAACUCCACACAAGGUAGUCAAAAUUUAUUAACCAUCCAGCUCUAAGCCUCUCAUAAGGCCUAGAACUAGGCCCAGUCUACUCUUUGUAGUGCCGUCCUGCCUGCCUCUGGUUCUUCAGGCCAGCUAAACUCAGAGAGCCCACUCCCUGGCCUCCCUGAACCUGGGUCUGGGCUCUUCAUGGAAGGGGAGACGUGGGAGGCUUCUCAAAGGGUCCCCCUGCACCUGGUUCCUGUCAUAUCAUUUCUCCCUCCCUCCCCCGCAAUUGUCCCUUCUCAGCUUCUUACCUGCCCUGGGAAGACAAGGCUGAACCAGGCCAUAGACAUUGGCCCCUACCUUCUAGGGGCUGCUCCCCGGUUCCUGAUAGACGAGGAAGGCUGAGACAUGGUCGACUUCGGCCCUUUCUCCUUUGGUCACAAAGUCAGAAGUUUGGACCUAGGAAGGGAGACUGGGGCGAGAGGGGCCCAGCCCGCUGCAGGCUGUGCUCAGUGGGAGGGAGGGGGUGGCCAAGGUACGAGGCUGAGCGAGGAGCGCACACGGGUCCUAAGCGGGGGGAUGCAGACGAGAGAGAAUCAAAGGUGUCCGUGGCUAGGUGAGUGUGAUAUUGUCUUUGGGUGUGAUCAGGACUUGAUUUUAUUCCUCCUGAGCCAAACUGCUCUUCCCGCUGCUGUCCUUAUUUAUUGCUGGCUGAGGAGAUCUUUACACAUCCCAGCGCUGAGGUAAUAAGAUUUCUUGCUUCCUUUUAAGGUUCUGGCAUGUCAUUCACUGGGUGCACCUUGACCUCUCUAAUGGUCCCAGCAUGAGCCAGGAGGAAUAACAGCCUGCCUUAGGCCAGCGAGUCGUCAGUCACUAUUGAAUGUAUAUAUAUAGGAGUUCCGUUGUGGCUCAGUGGUUAAUGAAUCCAACUAGGAACCAUGAGGUUGCGGGUUUGAUCCCUGUCCUUGCUCAGUGGGUUAAGGAUCCGGCGUUGCUGUGAGCUGUGAUGUAGGUUGCAGACGCAGCUUGGAUCCUGCGUUGCUGCGGCUGUGGCGUAGGUCGGUGGCUAUGGCUCCAACUCAACCCCUAGCCUGGGAAUCUCCAUAUGCCUCGGGAGCGGUCCUAGAAAAGGAAAAAAGACAAAAAAAAAAAAAAAAAAGAAAAAAAAUAUAUAAACACACAUGUAUAUAUCUCCAUCCCUUAUAGCCAUAGCCUGAAGCGGAGACACGAGGGUGGAGCCCAAGUGAGUGGCUACCACACCCACUUUUGGGAAAAUGGCCUUGUCUUGUCUGGGGCCUUUGGGCCUCCUGGAAGUUCACCAGAUCCCAUGAAGAGUGGCCAAGAGAAGGGACAGCUGGACCUUCCAAGCCUUCCUGCCAAACUUCAUCUCAUUAGAUUUGACCUAGGCUGAUCCAAGACAUGUUCCUGCUCUUCCAUCUUCUUGUCCCACAGUCAUCAGCCAUUCUGGCCACCUAGUGUUUACCCAAGCUGAAGACACAUACCUCCAGCCCUAUAAAACCCCCUCCAUCGCUCAGUGGAGGUGGUCGUUUGGCAGGCCAGAGAAGGAGCAGGUACCAUCCUGAUUGGGCUUAUAGGCCACCCGGGAAAAGAAGGCGCAUAAAGGUGAGGCAAUUGGAGAACCGUGAUGGAGCAGAGUGUGCUUCUGCCAGAAGUGCUGGGAAGUUAGGAGUUAGGAAAGGCUCCCACGGGUUGAGAAUCAGAGAAGGCUUCAUGGAAGAGGCAGGAGCAGUGCUGGACCUGAAGGACAGCUGGGCUUUGGAUGGGCAGAGAGGAAGGGAGGGCAUCUCGAGAAGAGGGAGCACAGGAGCUGAGAUGCGGAGGCUGCAACGGCAGAGUGGCUGGUGGAGGGGGCAGAGAGGAGGCGGGCAGCAUCGUCAUCCUCAUCAUCACAUUUAUUGACGGCCCCUGGGAGGCGGGGCUGGGGACAGAACAUACAAAGACAAGGACCUGCCCUCAAAAAGGUUCCAUUCUAA